AUUCCCUUCAGCCUUGCCAGUUCUCCUCAGGAUUUGCGUGACUUUUCCCAUUAGUGAGUGCUGGGUUUUGUGUUUUUAUUAUUGCUAUCAUCAACAUAUUAUUAUUUUUAUUUUGGCUAUUUUAAUCAUCACCCUGAAUCAAACUGGUCUCCAGAAACCUCUUGCUCUGAACCUUACCAGCUUUUCACUAAGUGCUCACUCUAGAUCUCUUGGCAACUGUCUGAGGGCAUCCUUGAUUAAUCUUCCUUUCCAGUGAAAAAAGAAGAAUAAUUCUCAAUGACAAUGAAAAGCACCCUCAUUCUGGCUUUGCUCUUUGCUGGAUGUUUUUUAGUCACAAAUGGUCUUCAGCAGCAGAAGCCCCCUGACAAAAAUCAUCAAGGUACACACCAGGCCAGACACCCACUCCAGGAGUCGGAAGAGAGACAAGCUGGAAAAGAAAUUGUUGACCGAAACACUGAGUUUGCAUGUAAGAUGUACCAAGAGAUAACCCAGAAAAGUAAAGAUGAGAACCUCUUUUUCUCCCCUCUGAGUGCUUCCACUGGCUUCUCCAUGUUGACCCUGGGGGCAAAAGAUUACACCCUGUCUCAACUAAGUGAAAGUCUCAACCUAAGGAAUGUGCCCGUGAAGAGUAUCUAUGAAGGCUUCCAUUACAUCAUUCACAGUCUCAACCAACCUGACAGAGAUCUCAAGCUCCACAUGGGAAAUACUAUAUUCAUCGAGGACCAGCUGAGAGUCCAGAAAAGGUUUCUGAAUGAUGUCAAGAAUAUUUAUGAAGCAGAAGCCAUCCCUGUGGAUCUCAAGGACCCUCAGAAAGCAAUUACACAAAUCAACGAUUAUGUCAGUCAGAAAACCCAUGGGAAAAUUAAUCAUUUGAUAAAGAAUCUGGAUCAGGGCACGAUGUUACUUCUGAUUGGCCAUAUUUACUUUCAAGGUGAAUGGGAAAAGAAGUUUAACCCAAAGGACACAAAAGAAGAUGACUUCUUUCUGAUCAAUGGGAAGUCAGUGAAAGUCCCCAUGAUGUACCGAGGUGGCAAGUACAAAACUGCUUAUGAUGACCAGCUCUCCUGUACAAUUCUAGAAAUACCUUUUAAGGGAAAUGUCACAGGGCUUUUCAUACUCCCAGACAAGGGGAAACUGAAGAAAGUGGAAGAAGGGCUCAAUAAGAACAAGCUGACCCAAUGGAGGCAAUCAUUGAAGGGCAGUUCUGUUGAUGUGUGUUUGCCCAAGUUUUCCAUCUCUGGUACCUAUGACAUGAAAAAGUGUCUCUCUGGGCUUGGUGUCACCCGAAUCUUUGAUGGAAGUGCUGACCUUACCAAAAUCAGUCCCCAGAAGACUUUGAAAGUUAGCCAGGCUAUUCAUAAAGCUGUGUUGAAGAUGAAUGAAAAAGGAGCAGAAGCUGCUGGAGGAACUGGCAUUGAGACCCUGCCAAUGACUGUUCCCCAAAUCAUUAAAUUCAACCGCCCUUUCGUAAUAGUGAUUAUAGAUGACAAAACCCAGACUGUUCUCUUCAUGGGGAAAAUAAUGAACCCAAAAUGAAAUUCAAAAACAAGCAUCUCUGAAGCUGCCAAAGGUUCCUUGCUGCUGUCUCUGAAUAAACAUUGUGACUUGAAAUUA